AUGUCAGUUAUAGGAAAGCCAGUAUUAUAUUCAUAUUGGAGAAGUUCAUGCUCAUGGAGAGUAAGAAUAGCAUUAAAUUUAAAAGAAAUUCCCUAUGAUAUUAAGCCAGUAUCUCUUAUUAAAUCUGGUGGAGAACAGCACUCCAAUGAAUAUAGAGAAAUUAAUCCAAUGGAGCAAGUGCCAGCUCUGCAGAUUGAUGGCCACACUUUUGUAGAAUCAUUAAGUAUUAUGCAUUACCUUGAAGAAACAAGACCAGGUCGUCCGUUAAUGCCAGCUGAUGUUGCUAAACGUGCCAAAGUUCGAGAAAUAUGUGAAGUAAUUGCAUCCGGAAUACAACCUCUACAGAAUUUGAUUGUUCUUAUUUAUGUAGGAGAGGAAAAGAAAAAAGAAUGGGCUCAGCAUUGGAUCAAUAGGGGAUUUAGGGCUGUUGAAAAACUCCUUUCUGCCAGUGCUGGAAAAUAUUGUGUUGGAGAUGAAGUUACUCUUGCUGAUUGCUGUCUUGUUCCACAGGUCUUCAAUGCCAGGAGAUUUCAUGUUGAUUUGCGACCAUUUCCAAUAAUUCUUAGAAUUGACAGGGAAUUAGAAAAUCAUCCUGCAUUUCGUGCUGCUCAUCCUUCAAAUCAACCAGAUUGUCCUCCUGAAGCUACAAAAUAG